AUGCACCGCGGACAGCACGUUAGAAUUCUUUUUACUGUGACUCUGGUCUGGCAGGCCAUUCAUUUAGGAAAAGGUCGUGAAAAAGAAGAACAUGAAAAAGAUAUGGAAAACGUCAAUGCCACUGCACAAAAGCAACAGCCUAAAAAUGAAGGAACUGUUAUACAUACUCUCAGUGACAUGAAUCAGAGUUAUGAAAGCAGAAAGCAGCAGCAUUCACAGACGUUUGUACCUUUCACUGGCAUUACAGAGAGUAAAAAGCUGAACAGGCACUGCUGCCGGAACGGGGGGACCUGCAUCCUGGGGACUUUCUGUGCCUGCCAAAAGCAUUUCACCGGCAGAUACUGUGAAUACGAUGAGCGGAAAAGCAACUGCGGCAGCAUUGCCCAUGGCGCCUGGGUGCUGCGGGGCUGUCAGCUCUGCCGGUGUGGCUACGGUACCCUGCACUGUCUCUCAGACAUCACACACAGCAACUGCGAUCUGAAAGCAGAAGAGGAGGAAAUACCCAGACUAUAUUCUAAUGGCCUAAGAUUAGAGCAAACAGUGUUUGCAUUCUUUUGCCUACUCCCCUUCCUCCUGUAG